GAACUUGGUCUAAUGUACGUUUAGCGCGCGGUAAAUUCUGGAUAUAAAAAUGUCAGACUUGUCAGUGUCGCGUCGCGUUUACCGUUGUUAAAUGUUCAUUCGUUGGAUUCGGCAUCGUAUCGUGUCAGUUGUCUAUGUUGUGACGUGUGUAAGCUAAUACCGUUUCCAAUUAUGUGGUACCUAAAGAGCCUUAAAGGCGAUAUUAUUUAUUUAAAACCGAACAAACUGAUGAUCGUUAGCAGAAAGGAAGGGUAUGAAAUUCUUCUCAAAGACGAUGCCUCCAUCAGUAAACUUCAUGCUACCGUUAUUGUCAGGCCGAAAGUUAAUUUCAAGAACAAUGAACCGAGCUCUACAGUAAUUGUACAAGAUACUAACUCCAAAUACGGAACCUUUGUACUAAGCAGCCAAAAUCAACCGCGCAAACUUACGCCAGGGGAUCAUAUUCUCAGCGCAUCAGACAAAAUCAAAUUUGGCCUGCAGCAACACAUAUUCACGCUCCACUAUAUACCUCUCAUAAUAUCGACAUCUACUCUAAAUUCCGAUGAAAAAGUAGAACUACAAAAUAUUGUUGAAAUAUUGGAUGGCGUGAUUGUUGAAAAAUGGCAAGAAUAUUGCACGCAUCUAACUGUGUCAAAUGCCACUCUUACCACUCAGGUUGUCCAAGCCCUGGCAUUUGGUACUCAGAUUGUUAGUAUGGCAUAUUGGCGAGCAGUCAUUCAUAGUGUGGAGAAAAAGGAAGAGCUACCAGGGGUAAAAAAUUAUGUGCCUUUGAUAAAAGAAGGAUUGAUUAACAGUGAAUGCGUAUCUUUAGAAACCAACACCAGGCGCAAAGUUCUGUUUAGAAAUCUCUGCUUCGUAUGCUUAUCAGCUUCUCAAUGUGGACUGAAAGAUAUAGUUCAAUGUGCAGGAGGUAAAUUGGAACUGUACGAUGAAGAGCAAAGGGAUGUAAAUGAACUUUCGACUGAAAAUUUUAUCGUCUUACAACUUGAAAAUAGCACUUCACAGCCUUUGCAUAUCUCCCAAGCUUCGUAUGAUGAAAUUCAAAGUGCUUUACAAAAAAAGAAGCGAAGAUUGAUUCCGGAAUCUGAAAUAUCGCUUGCAAUAUUGUAUUGCUCUACUGAGAAAUACUGUAAUCCGAAAUUCAACUUUAAGCGAUUGCUAGGUGUUAGUAAGCAAAACAAAAAUUUCCAACUAUCGAGCACUAUUCUAGCAGCUGACACGGAAGAUAUACUGCCAACCAUUCCUCGCAAAACGGACGUUAUAAUCAAUGAAUCUGUUACAUCUUCGGAACAAAUAGAAGAGGUGGAAAACUCAAGAAAAGGAAAACUAUUGUUCGUGACAAAACAGGCCAAUGUAGAAAAUGUAAAAGAUUCAUCUCAGCUUUCAGGAGGGUACAAAAAAAUUACAGAAAGACCAACUUUUGGAUCAGAAGAAUCAUCUAGAGAUGGAAAUUUAAUUAUAGAUGAAACAGGAUCUGAAUAUGAGUCUGAUAGUAAUGACACAAGUGCUAAAAAAAAUGAAGUCAACGAAUUUGACAAUGCGCUAAAUAAGUCUAAGGUUCUUACAAACCCAACAGUUGGCAGACGUCUUAAUCCUCAGCUGAAGUCACAACUGUCAGACAUAUAUAUAUCUAAAUCGAAAAAUACUCACGAAACAUACGCACACAGUUCCUCAAGAAACUCUGGUGAUAAGUUUCUUUCCAAUCCAUUGACCUCGAAAGAUAGGUCAUGGAAAAAAGCCGCCCGUAAUGUUUUUGAAGAUCAGCAAUCAAAUGAGGAAAAUCCAAGGGGUGGAAAUACUUGGAGUAAAAAAUUAGACGCAGCGAUCAAAAUGUCCAACUCAGCCAGCAUAAGCGAUACAAGAAAAUCGCGUAAACAAAACGACAGGGAUGAUGACGAUAUGUUUGCGUUUGUAAACGAGGGAGCAAGGAAAAAGAGGAACGUUAUAAAGAAUGAAAAUGAAGGAUUAUUCGAAUUACUCGAAGAUCCAACCACCACAAAUCCACUGCAAGAAGACAAUAUAUUUCAACAAGAACUUCAAAAAACAAAAUGCAGAAACAUACUAAAGAGAAAACGCUCUAUGUCCUUGACUAGCAACAAUUCGUCCACCGAGGAAGAAAAACCCGAAAUUAAAAUUGAGGUAUUGGAUAGGGACGAAGAAAUGAUCCAUCCACCUUUAGUUCUCUGCAAGAAGGAAAACAUCUCUAUGGAUGAGACGUGUAAAUCAACAGUUGUACCUCUGCUUCGUACAGACAUCGAUGUCUCCCUGAACGCCAGAGGCAAUUACAAAACUUUUAUCAAGAUGUAUACUUUAACUCCAAAAGAGAGGAUAAAGAAUAUGUAUGUAUAUCAGCCUGAAGACGACUCUAUUAGCAAAACCAACGUUCGCGAAGAAGAGAUGACCUCGAGUGAAGACGAGAACGACGACUUCAGGCUUUUCAGUAAACAAGGAGAAAAGAAAGUGCGGGCAAGGAGGUAGUCCCAAGUAAAAAAAAGUUCUAUUCAAAUCUUCUACAUCGUAAACAAGUUAUAAAACAUCGUUGAAUUUUUUAUUACAAAGUUUUAGUACCAAUAUCUAAAUAAAUACACGUCAACUGUCUUAUAAAAUAAUGUAG